AUGGAGAGUUCGUUCUUCUACGGUUAUCUCGUCACACAAAUCCCUGCCGGGUUUCUAGCUGCCAAAUAUCCUCCGAACAAACUUUUCGGAAUCGCUAUAGGUGUUGCUUCAUUUCUAAAUCUUCUUCUGCCAUACGGAUUUAAAUCGAAGAGUGAUACACUUGUGGCAUUGAUACAGAUUCUUCAAGGACUCGUACAGGGUGUCGCCUACCCGUCGAUGCACGGUGUUUGGCGGUAUUGGGCUCCACCACUAGAGCGGUCCAAGCUGGCCACAACCGCAUUCACCGGUUCCUAUGCUGGAGCGGUGCUUGGACUUCCUGUGUCGGCAUUUCUGGUCUCGUACGUGGGAUGGAGUGCCCCAUUCUACCUCUACGGAUUCGCUGGUGUUGUUUGGUCUGUGUUCUGGUUUUCGCUCACUUUUGAGAAACCCGCUUUCCAUCCGACGAUAACUCAAGAUGAAAAGAAAUACAUAGAAGACGCCAUCGGGCAUGUGUCCGCCACUCAUCCUUCCUUCCAUAACAUACCCUGGAAAGCCAUUGUGACAUCGAAGCCUGUGUGGGCGAUCAUAGUGGCGAACUUUGCAAGGAGCUGGACGUUCUACCUACUUCUCCAGAAUCAACUGACGUACAUGAAGGAGGCGCUCGACAUGAACAUCAGUGAUUCUGGAAUGCUCGCCGCCCUACCACAUGCCGUCAUGGGCAUCGUCGUUUUGUUCGGAGGGCAGCUAGCCGAUUAUCUUCGCUCAAAUAAGAUUCUCUCCACCACUGCCGUACGGAAAAUUUUCAAUUGUGGAGGAUUCGGGGGUGAAGCAGCGUUUAUGCUUGUCGUCGCCUAUACAAAGAAGGAAUCGACGGCCGUUUUGGCGCUAGUGCUAGCCGUCGGUUGCUCAGGAUUCGCUAUCUCAGGAUUCAACGUGAACCAUUUGGAUAUUGCACCUCGUUAUGCUGCCAUCCUUAUGGGAUUUUCGAAUGGAAUCGGAACGCUGGCCGGUCUCACGUGUCCCAUUGUUACCGAGAAAUUUACAGAAAGCGGACCUCAGGGAUGGGUGAAG